AUGAUAACUCUCAGUUUCCCUGAGCAAGAGUCCCCUCACUCGGGGGCAGCGUCAAGUCCCUCACGGGGGCAGCGCGGAGUCCAUCACGAGGUCAAGCGUCAGAGUCCAUCACGGGGCAGCGUCAGAGUCCAUCACGGGGCAGCGACGAGUCCCCCACGGGGGGCAGCGUCAGAGUCCCUCACGAGGGGCACGCCAGAGUCCCUCACGGGGUGCGUCAGAGUCCCCUCACGAGGGGCAGCGUCAGAGUCCCUCACGGGGGGCAGCGUCCAGAGUCCCUCACGAAGGGGCAGCGUCAGAGUCCCAUCACGAGGGGCAGCGUCAGGAGUCCAUCACGAGGGGGCAUCGUCAGAGUCCCUCACGAGGUCAGCGUCAGAGUCCCUCACGAGGGCAGCGUCCAAGUCCCUCACGGGGGGGGCAGCGUCAGAAGUCCCUCACGAGGGCAGCGACAAGUCCCUCACGAGGGGCAUCGUCACACAGAGUACCGAGAGAUUAAUUAGCAAGAAGCUCCUUCCGUUAUGGCUGAAGAAAAAGUUGGAUGGUGGACUUUUAGUAGAAGUGCACUCACCUGUCAUCCCUGGGUUCAGUCAGUAUUUUGCUGCCACUGUUCAUGCUAAUACAUCUUUGGUUGCUCCAUUAGCCAUGCAGUACAUGAAGAUUAUAUCACAUUGUGACACUGAGGAACGUUUCGCCACACAGUGGUUCGCCUCAUCAACAGUUAUAAGCCACGUUACGGCCCUAUGCUAUAUAUUAAAGUCACUACUCAAACUGUCAUUUACUGUGGGUGGGGGAGCUGAUAAGAUACGUUAUACUGCUGAUGGUCGUCUUGUCAACUCUUUUACCAUCAAGCAAAUCACAGCAAAAGGCCUUCGUCAGGUGGGUGUUUACCGUGAGGACACAGGCGUAGUGUGGUCCCCUAGAGAGAUGCUUGGCUCAGAAAAACUGGAAUAUGGACGGAAGGGAAGAACAUUAGGUUUAGUAUCUAUUGAAGAACGAGAGAAGGACAGUGCUAUUCAGUCCGUCUUGCUAACUCAUGAGGACUAUGUGGGACGAACUUGGGCCUUCUCAGUGUUAGUGGUGGCAUGCCUGGGUGUGGUAGUCUCCUUGUAUGUCGCUGUGUAUGUGGCUCUGCGGGUAUGUGAUGGAACUCUCACUGGUCCACAGGUUCUUGGUGCCAUCCUGCUGCUGGGUGUGAUGGGGCUGUAUGCCUCCUGUGUUGUGUAUGUCUUGCCUCCUACCUCCAUGACCUGUGCUGUGCGUGAGUGGGCACCGCCUAUGUGCCUGGCACUCUGCUAUGGCAUUCUUCUGGUCAAGUCGAUGCAUCUACGUGCUUUGGUAUCAGUUGGGGUCGGGGGUGAAGUAUCUCAAGUAAACCUCCACGUUUCCUUGUUGUUUAUGCUAAGUGUGCAAGGUGCACUGUGUGUGCUGGGCCAUGCAGGUGGCCUAGACAUUGGAGAAGAACCACUGGUGAAAAAUGGCUUGAAUGGUAACCGGCAAUGUGGGCAGAAGCGUAUAGCCAUACUUGCUACCCGGGUUUAUCUCAUCCUUCUACUGUUUCUUAGCCUCAUCCUAGCCACUGUGAAUCGCAAAAUACAAAGAAACCACAAUGAGGUAAAGCAUACUUAA